AUGUCUAGAGUGGAAGCUUUUCGGGACACAAGCCUCCGCUCUCUGCUGAGGGGGCUGCGGACAGAUAUCGCCAUGGCGGUAGAUGACCCUUUCCCUCUUGUCUACGGGUUGGUGGACAAAAACAUCAUCACUGACCAACUACUGAAGGACACUCUGGAGAAGGAAGGCAGUGAAGGGAUCCAUAAGGCCAUGUACUCCCUUCUGUCCUGGGUCCUGGAACAGAGCAGAUCCACCAUCCAGGCUUUCUGGAGCAACCUGUCCAAAGAGUACAACCUGGACAGCUACCCUAAACUGCAGACGCUGCUCACUAACCUUCACUCCAAAUGGGAUGCAGCAGAUGCCAGAGGUGAGAAGAAAUCGUCUAAAAACACAAAAACAUCUCACAUCAAGAAGAGGAGCCACGAGGACAGAAAGACAAAAUCAUACUAUCUGCAACCUCAGUAUCAUGCCAAAACAAGCGAUGGACCAGGGGGCAAAGUGAGACUGUACAGAGUGAAGAGUGAAGCUGCAGUCCCACUGCCAACAUCUGGAAACAAUGCGGUGUCAUCUUCUGUCCAGAGACCAGUCUCUCUGUCCUCCUCUUCCUCCUUAACUGAGCUGCUAGUCAGCCAUGAAGCCACAGAGAAGAUCCAUAUCCAACAGAUGUUUAUUUCAGACGGAAUACAAGUGGGUGAAGAGUUUUACCCGGAGCAAACAAAUGGAGCAUCCGAAGCUGCUGAGAACAUGUUUCACCACCAGGGGGAGACAAACGCACGCAUGGUUGAGUAUAAUGAUGAUGAGUGUGCAGUGUGUAAGGACGGGGGGGAGCUGAUUUGUUGUGAUGGAUGUCCUCGAGCUUUUCAUCUGACCUGCCUUGUCCCUCCACUCACGUCUAUACCAUGUGGCAGGUGGCAGUGUGACUGUUGCGGUGGCAACAAGGUGAAAAGAGAGAUGGCCCAUCACCAUUUACAACCACUCAUUGCCCAGACCCAGCAAACAAACACAAGCUCCAGUAACUCCAUCAUGGACGUCUCCUUCUUCUCCUCGCUCUCAUCCUCGUCUCUUACUGCUGUCGCAGCGACUACAAAUGAGCUCAGUGGCCGCAGCCAGUGUUCAGAUGGAGAUCUGCUCAGUGUGAGGGAGGUAUGCGGUGUUUGUAAGCGAGAGGGAGACCUGACUCCCUGCCUCCAGUGUUUGCAGCGCUUCCACGUGCAUUGCCAUUUCUCCAAAGGGAGAUCCAUCUGCUUGUCCUGCUCCCUGCCCUGGGGCGGCUCCGCUGGGAGGGAGUCUGAAUCAUCCAGAGUCUUACAGCUCGCCCCAGCGGUUCAUGAUCAGACCCCCUCUGUCCCUGAGCCCGUCCCUCAUAAAGAUGAGCUGGACUCCAUCCUGGGAGACCACGGCUCCAUUGACAGCAUCUUGCAGUGGGCUUUCCACAACAUCUCUCGGCCUCUCCCCGACACCCAAGAAUGCUUCCAGUGACCGACAGACAGAACCAUGCACCUCUCACAGUUGGAAGUUAUGCCAUAAAGUAACAAUAAGGACUUGAACAUGGAUAAUUAAAUGGAGAUUAUGAAUUGAAUGUCUGUUAGUGGCUGAUUUCACAUGGGAUUAUUUGUUUAAUACAAAUAAUGAUUUUACUUGAACAAUAAUGUUGUUCAAGUAAAAACAUUGCAUCCUCUCAAAUCACACAUUUUAAAUAAUAUGUUUAUAGAUAAUUUGUCAUGGCUAAACUGCUGUCCCUCCAGAUCCUGCGUUCUGUGCAAUGUGCCAUGUUGCCUUUGAGUUCCACUUUUUGUUUAUUACAGCAUUCAGCAGGGUUUGAAUAAUACUAGUGUUAUAUCGUGGAGCUUUAACUUGAUCGAAUCUUAUUCAGGAACAUGAAUCAUGUGGUUGACUGAAAUAACAAAGCUCCUAAAACACUUGAUUUUCAACAUUCAACCCUCUACAAGAAAACAUUUCCUAAUACCGCAGGACAUGCUUUUGUUGAUUUUGUUAUAAGUGUCUCAAGUCCGCGAUAAAUCAAACUAUUGAAAUAAACUGAGAUACAGUGAUCUUUCUCUGGCUCAGGGGUUGCGUGCCUUGCCCGAUUGUUAGCCUUUCUGAAAUGCUUGUACCAAAGGACAUCAUGAAGUUAGAUGGACUUAUUUUCUCCCCAUGCUUUUCAGCUCCAAUCCUUCCAUGUUUUGCAUCACAACAUGACUAAUUGUGCAGGAUGUGGGGUCAGCAUUGACGUAGGGUACUGUCAGUUGGCUUUGGACAUCUUUUGCCAACUUUGCCUAUCAAACUGAAAUACAUCCACGUCAUAAAACGAGAAGUAAAUCAUUUAAGUAUU